AUGAAGCGGUCUCUGCUACGGCUCUGCCAGUCGCGGGAGAAGGCGGCCGUCUCCAGCUCCUACCAGGGCGUCGUCUGCGAGGCGGAUGCCGCCUCCGUCGCCUCGCAGGAUGUCUUCAAGGUGAUUUCAGAUGGAAGUGCCUGUAGGCUACGGAGCUUCAUUAAGAAGAAUCGUUCUGGGCUUACGAAAGUGGAUGAAUUAAAUGCCACUCCACUGCAUCAUGCUGCAGAAGGAGGUCAAAUAGAAUUAAUGCAGUUGAUCAUAGACGAUUCUUCCUGUGAAGUAUUAAAUGUGAUGGAUUCUUCGGGAAAUACCCCGCUGCACUGGGCCACAAAGAAAAACCAGGUUGAAAGUGUUAGCUUGCUUCUCAGCAGAGGAGCCAAUCCAAACAUUCUCAAUUCCAAUAUGAUGGCACCUUUGCAUAUGGCCGUGCAGUCCCUGCAUAAUGAAAUUGUUAAGAUUUUGGUCCAGCAUAGCAGUACAGAUGUUAAUUUGGAAGGUGAAGCAGGGAACACACCUAUAAUUGUAGCAUGUUACAAGGAUAAUCCUGAAGCACUGACAAUCCUGAUUGAAAACGGAGGGAAAAUAUGUAAACCAAACAAAACAGGAUGUAUGCCUAUCCAUGCAGCUGCAUUUUCAGGUGCAAAAACAUGUAUGGAAAUUCUUUUAAAAAAAGGUGAAGAAUUGGGUCACUCUGCUAAAACCCACAUCAAUUUUACCAAUAAUGGAAAGUGCAGUCCACUUCAUUUAGCAGUUCAAAGUGGGGACCUCGAGAUGAUUAAAAUGUGCAUUGAAUUUGGAGCCCAAAUUGAUCUAAAACAGAAUGAAAAAUGCACAGCACUUCAUUUUGCUGCCACUCAAGGAGCAACUGAGAUUGUAAAGUUAAUGAUGUCAUCCUAUGCUGGUGAGGAAUCCAUUAUUGAUGCUGUAGAUGGGAAUAAGGAAACAUUGCUUCACAGGACAGCGUUGUUUGAUCAUUAUGAACUGGCAGAGUAUUUGAUUUCAAUGGGGGCUAAUAUUGAUAGUGUUGACAUAGAAGGUCGAUCCCCGCUUCUGUUGGCCACUUCCUGUGCAUCAUGGAAAAUUGUGAAUUUACUGCUCUCAAAAGGAGCAAAUGUAUCAUUAAAAGAUCAUCUUGGUCGGAAUUUCUUGCAUUUGACGGUAUUGCAGCCUGGAGGAUUACAGCAUCUGAAUGAGAAAUUUCUGCAGAUGGAACAUAUUAAAAAUCUUGUAGUGGAUGAAGAUAAUGAAGGAUGCACGCCAUUGCAUUAUGCAUGCAGACAAGGUGUGGCCCUCUCUGUAAAUAAUUUACUCAGCCUCAACGUUUCCAUCUACUCUAAGAGCAGGGACAAGAAGUCACCAUUACACUUUGCUGCCAGCUAUGGGCGCAUCAAUACAUGUCAACGACUUAUAAGAGAUAUGAAAGACACAAGGCUUUUGAAUGAAGGUGAUAAGAAGGGAAUGACUCCCCUUCAUUUGGCAGCCCAGAAUGGUCAUGAGAAGGUAGUUCAGUUUCUUCUGAAGAGAGGGGCCCUUUUUCUCUGUGAUUAUAAAGGCUGGACAGCCCUGCACCAUGCUGCCUUCGGAGGAUACACUCGCACAAUGCAGAUCAUUUUGGAUACUAAUGUGAAGUGUACUGACAGAGUGGAUGAAGAAGGGAACACAGCUUUGCACCUGGCUGCAAGAGAAGGACAUGCAAAAGCAGUAAGGUUACUUCUUGACUAUGGUGCGAAAAUUCUGUUCAACAAAGCAGUAGCUUCUUUUUUCCAUGAAGCGAUACACAAUAGGAGAAAAGAUGUAGUGUCUGCUGUCAUUUUGCACAAAAGAUGGGAAGAAGCUGUUGUGACAUUCUCUCACUAUUCUAGUGCCAAUAAGUGUCCUUUGCUGGAAAUGGUUGAGUAUCUUCCUGAUUCAUUUAAACUGGUUUUGGACAACUGCAUAAUUGAGUCUUCAGAGGAAAAGACAAGUCGAGACUUCUAUAUUGAAUAUAACUUCAGAUAUCUCCAGUGUCCCCUGACACUUAACAAGAAACUAAAGGAUGGUGAAGACAUUUUCUAUGAACCACUUACCACUUUAAAUGCCAUGGUACGCCACAAUCGCAUGGAGCUACUCAGUCAUCCCGUGUGUAAAGAAUAUUUGCUCAUGAAAUGGAUGGCCUAUGGGUUUCGAGCACAUCUAAUGAAUUUAGGCAUAUAUUCUCUUGGUCUCAUCCCACUGACUCUUCUGGUCACUCACAUACAGCCAGGAAGACCUCUGAAUGGAACAGAGAUCUAUGAAGCAAGACCAUUAGAAUAUGAGAACUCAUACUUCACAAGGGUGUGUAUGUGUUUAGUUUUAAUAAUGAGUUUACUGGGAAUCUGCAAAGAAAUAUUUCAGCUGAUUCAGCAGAAAUUGAAAUAUUUGUUGGAUUACUCAAAUCUACUGGACUGGACAAUUUAUACUACAAGCAUAAUUUUUGUGUCUUCUUUGUUUAUUAAUACACCAGCUCAUUUGCAGUGGGAAUGUGGAGCAGUUGCUGUAUACUUGUCUUGGAUGAACUUCUUGCUUUACCUUCAACGAUUUGAAAACUAUGGCAUCUAUGUUGUGAUGUUCUGGGAAAUUUUGAGGACUUUGAUUCGGAUUGCUGUCGUUUUCUUUUUCCUGAUAUUGGCCUUUGGACUUAGUUUCUUUGUCCUUUUGGGUUCACAGCAAACGUAUAGCACACCUCUGCUUUCUGUAAUGAAGACAUUUGCAAUGAUGCUGGGAGACAUUAAUUACCAUGAUGCAUUCCUUGAUCCAUUACUAAGCAGUGAAUUGCCAUAUCCAUUCCUGAGUUACACAGUUCUCAUAAUAUUUACCUUGCUUAUUCCAAUCCUUCUUAUGAACUUGCUAAUUGGUUUGGCUGUUGGGGACAUAGCUGAAGUACAAAAAUAUGCUGCACUCAAAAGGAUUGCAAUGCAGGUUAAUCUUCACACCAACUUAGAGAAGAAGCUACCAUUUUGGUUCUUAAGUCGGGUGGACCAGGAAUCAAUCACUGUAUAUCCCAACAGGCCAAGAUACUGUGGAUUUAUGAGCGUGUUCCAGUACUGCUUUGGGUGUGAAGACUCUACCACAGAUGCACAGAGCACUGAUACAACAUUAGAACUGGAAGUUCUGAAGCAGAAAUACAGGCUCAAAGAUAUAUCAACACUGUUGGAAAAGCAACAUGACCUCAUUAAAUUGAUUAUCCAAAAAAUGGAGAUAGUGUCAGAGGCUGAGGAUGAAGACAGCAAUGAUUUAUUUCAGCACAAGUUUAGGAAAAGGCAGUUAGAGCACAAAAAUAGUAAAUGGGAUACAGUGUUAAAAGCUGUUAAAACAAACGUGCCUAACCCAAGCACAGAAAAGAAUAAUAGCUUCUUCUAGACAUGGCUAUGAUAUCAUGUUGUAUUAUCAUUUUAUUUUACUUUAGGGUCACUUCUCUUAUUGUCUGUGCAUAAUGUUAAUGUGAUACAUCAUGUAUUCAAGUAUAAAAAAAGGCCAGAUCUGAAAAGGGGAUGCAGGUGCACAAAACAGUAUUUAAGGAGACUGAAGAUGUCUACAUCCAAAACUGUGAUCC